CAAAUUGGGUUUUCCAAUUCAAGCUUUCGUCUUCCUCUAGUUCUUUUAGCUUCGAAAAAUAACUUCAAAGAGUGACAUCAAGAUUUCGUCGAUGAUCAUGGAGACUUUCAUGCUAUUGAAAUGGCUUGUUAACUCAAUAGGCACAAUGAAUUUCGGGUGCAAUAAUUCAUCGUCAUCGAAGAAUGAUAAGGCUCAGGAGAUAAGUUUCUACUCGAUGCAUGAUGAUGAAGAGAAGAAAUUCAACAAGGGCGCAAUGAAAUGUGGUGCAUCAUCAGGUUUUCAAAUGCCACUUCACUAUCCUCGUUACAAGAAGUCGGAUUAUGAGAAAAUGGAGGAAUGGAAGGUUGAUGUGCUUCUCAGAGAAUAUGGUCUUCACAGUUUUAAGGGUACCCUUGAUGAGAAAAGGGAAUUUGCUAUGGGUACUUUCUUGUGGCCUGAUCAGAUCUAAUUAUGCACCACCAGUCCACCUCCACCACCAACUUAAAUUCUGCAGCUCUCGGUAUCUUCCUAUAGUUGCUAACUAAAUAGUUGUAGAAAGUACUUCAGUAUCUUCUUUUUUUUAUUAUAAGGUAUCACUAAUAGUAUCACCAGUGUCCAUGUUAUUAUAAAUGUUCCUCGGUAUGCUAGUUUUUGUUUUUGUUUAGGGUUUGCUGUACACUGUAUGUAAGCUUUUCCAUAAUCAAGUGGUGGACAUAUUGACAGUUUACAAAUGA